UUAAAAUUCCUAUUAAUGCAUCGCAAUUGGGCACAGAACGUACCUUUGCCAGGAAGUGUGAAGCCUAUAUAUGGUGCUCAAUAUCCUCCUUUGAAGCAUAAUUCGGAAAUAAGCAACUCUCCAUCCAAGACGGAGUUAAAGUUCAGGAAUUACGAGGAAAGUGUUUCUGAUGCAUGGGAUACAGCUGUUUCUAUGGAUGACACUCUCAUUUUGUCGACUGCAGCGGCAUGCUGCUGAGCAACAAAUUCCGUCUUCUGAUGUAUUCAGGGAGGAUUACCUAAUGCCUAAUUGCUAUUCUGCACCUUCAAAGCACCAUAAAACUCAAGCUAUGCAAAUGCUUGCAACUCAGAGAGAACCAAUACCUGGAUCAGCAACUGCACUUCCCGUCGGUCGUCAAAAUAUUUAUCCAAGGCUACCUGAGGUUUCACUCACGACUAGGCCGAUUAGUUCUUCAAUUACCACGGGUUCGCAAUCGAUACCGUCACUAAGUUGUGUAACAAGCCAGCAAAAAACUAAAGAUUCUAGUGGCGAUGUCUCGCGAUUUGAUAGACUACGGCGAAUAUUGGGCAUUCUGCUAGACAAUAGCAACCAUCAUUACCAGCAACCAGCACCGGGUACAAUUGUCGACUUAAACGAGUUACGUAAGGAAUGCUGGCUUGGAAUCCCCCAGCGGAUUCGUCCGCUUGCAUGGCGCAUUCUUUCGGGCUAUCUUCCGACAAAUUUGGAUCGUCGUGAGGUGACAUUAAAACGGAAACGAGAUGAAUAUUGGGAUUAUGUAGAGCAGUAUUUUCACACUCGUUACGACGAGCAGCAUCAAAUCACAUUUCGUCAGAUUCAUAUCGAUAUUCCCAGAAUGUGUCCUCUGAUUCCAUUAUUUCAACAAAAGAAAGUGCAGGAGAUGUUUGAACGUGUACUCUACAUUUGGGCAAUUAGGCAUCCAGCAAGUGGCUAUGUUCAAGGAAUUAAUGAUUUGGUCACGCCCUUCUUCAUUGUGUUCCUUUCUGAAUUUAUUCCUGAUGGUUCUUAUUUUUCUUUAAUUCGAAUUUAUAUUAAAAUAGACACAGACCUUGGAAGUUUUGACUUAUCUCUUCUAAACCGUGAGCAAGUGGAAAUUGUGGAGGCCGACUCAUUUUGGUGCGUUUCUGCGCUUCUUGACACAAUACAAGAUAACUACACAUUUGCUCAACCUGGAAUUCAACGCAAAGUGAAUGAUCUCCGUGAGCUUAUUAGUCGUGUUGAACGAAAUUUAUACACCCAUUUCGAAUCGAACGGUGUUGAAUUUCUGCAGUUCUCAUUUCGAUGGAUGAACAAUUUACUGAUGCGCGAAAUUCCCUUACGUACCACUAUUCGACUUUGGGACACAUAUCUGUUUCAUACGUAUGUUUGUGGGGCAUUCUUGCGACUUUGGUCUAAGCAGUUACAGAACGAAAAGGAUUUUCAGGGCAUAAUGCUUAAAUUGCAAAGUCUUCCCACUCAAAAUUGGAAUGACCAACAGAUCUGUGAAUUAACAGCAGAUGCUUAUUCAUUGAUGCAGUUCUUUCACGGGGCAAAGAGUCAUUUGCAGAAAUGA